AUGGCGACAGCAGCAAUUUUUGGGUGCACUGGUGCAAUUGGCAGCAACCUACUUGCUACUACCAUUGCACAAGAUGCAUAUACUUCCAUCAAAACCAUUUCUCGACGACUGCCGAAGCAGGAAUCGGCGAAACUAGAUGCGACCCUGGAGACCGAUACUUCUAAAUGGGCGCCUGCGAUCGCAGGUCUCACGCCGCCUCCAUCGGUGGUUUUUAACGCUUUAGGAACGACGCGCGCUGAGGCCGGUGGGCUCCAGAAUCAAUGGAAGAUUGAUCACGACCUCUGCAUCGAGCUGGCACAAGCCGCCAAGGCAGCUGGCGUCAAGACAUUUGUAUACAUUUCCAGUGCAGGAACACGAGGCCUUCUGAGUCGCUAUGUGCCAUACAGCAAGAUGAAGAUUGGUGUUGAGGACGCUAUCAAAGAGCUCGACUUCGAACAAGCGAUCAUCAUGCGUCCUGGAAUGAUCCUUGAGCGAGAAACACCAAAGGCCCCCUUCUUCGAGAACCUCGUGUCCAAUCUGCACAAGAUUAGCCCUGCAUUCCAGGACUCCCUCGGUCAAGAUCAGAAGAUCAUCGCGAGAGCUACCGUCGCUGCGGUAAAGCUCGCGAGUGAAGGCAAGGCUCCGAGCAAGUACUGGGUCCUUGAACAGGCCGAUGUCGUCAAGUAUGGGAGGACAGAAUGGAAGGAUUGA